AUGCUCAGUCGCCUCGAGACUGCGUUAUGCCUUGGACGGGAAGUCUUCGAUGCAGAAUUGCAAGAUGUGACGGUAUUGGAAGUCGAGAAGACCAGGCCGAUAUUGCCAGUCCCACGGACACUUCGUAUUCUCGCCCUCCAUGGCUUCGGACAGAGCGGCGAGUGCCUUCGCAUAGCCAUGAAGACCGGACAACUGGGACAGAUGGUGUUGGACUCGAUCAAUGCAGAUCUGUUAGACCAAUAUGAGAACGUGGAAUGGCUCUGUCCUGAUGCUCCUCUUCAGCUUGUCCCCGAUACCAGAUAUGAAGACGGAUCGCUGGACAAUGUUGACAUUUUCGCCUGGUGGCGGGUGCUCGACUUUGAUAUGCAACACGAGCAUCUUUACAAGAGCUUGACAUAUCUCGCCGGGUAUCUUAAAGAGCAUGAUCCUGUUGAUGGCAUUGUCGGCUUCUCUCAGGGCGCCGCCGUCGCCAUGAUGCUGGCUGCGAUGUGUGACGAUACACCACAACGACGAGCCGCUCUCUUGGCCCAAUGCGCACCUUUCUCGAUACCACCACCGCAAGCGCCGUUCAAGUUUGCCGUUGCAUGCUGCGGCUUCCAAAACGCUUUGCAACACUACAGCGGCUUUUACACCCCCAGGAUCACCACACCGUCAUUAAAUAUCGUGGCAGAAUUCGACACCAUGGUCAGCGCUGAGCAGAGUGUCACUCUGGCUCGGGCAUGUACAGAGUCAACCAUGAUCCACUUUCGAGGGACACACCAUGUCCCCACAGCCCGAGCUACGUUGCGUGAGAUGGCGGCGUUCAUUGCCAGUUCCUGUGCUCGGAAAGCCUUCAUGUCUCCGCCCACGGCCACAUAUACUUUGCCAUUCGAGUGCAUGGAGGCCAAAGAAUUCUCGACCACCCAUCGGUUCGAGACAACGAAGAAGCCGUCUUAG